GACAUUGUCAGCGUCUCCAGCCAACUUGGAAUGAUUUGGGAGAUAAAUACAACAACAUGGAAAACCCGCAGGUCUAUGUUGUUAAAGUGGAUUGUACUACAGAUACUCCACUGUGCUCUGAAUUUGGCGUCCGAGGAUACCCUACCCUAAAGCUGCUUAAACCGGGACAAGAACCUCUGAAAUACCAAGGCCCUAGGGACUUCCAGGCACUGGAAAAUUGGAUGUUGGAGAAACUAAAUGAGGAACCAUCUGAUCCAGAAUCUGAUGUGGAACCACCAAAAGCCCCUGAACCUAAGCAGGGAAUGUAUGAACUCUCAGCAGACAAUUUCAAGAUGCACAUAGCAGAAGGUAAUCACUUUAUAAAAUUCUUUGCCCCUUGGUGUGGGCAUUGCAAGGCUUUGGCCCCAACCUGGGAACAGCUGGCUCAAGCCUUUGAGCAUUCAGAAACUGUCAAGAUUGGCAAGGUUGACUGUACCCAGCAUUACGAAGUCUGCUCUGAAACCCAAGUUCGUGGCUAUCCCACGCUCCUCUGGUUUAGGAAUGGUGAAAAGGGUGACCAGUACAAAGGGAAGAGGGACUUCGAUUCCUUAAAGGAAUAUGUGGAUUCCCAACUGCAGAGUUCUGGGAAAGAGCCACCAGCAGAUAAACCCACCGAAGCCCCACAGCCACCCGCAGAACCCACCCGUGUUGAGCAGCCUGUCCAAGCUGCAGUGCUCUCUCUCUCUGAAAAAGACUUUGAUGCAACCAUUGCUAGGGGGAUCACCUUUAUUAAAUUCUACGCUCCAUGGUGUGGUCACUGUAAGAACUUGGCUCCAACUUGGGAGAACCUUGCCAAAGAGCAAUUUCCAGGUUUGACUGAUGUCAAAAUAGCAGAAGUAGACUGCACUGUGGAACGUAACGUCUGCAGCAGAUUUUCUGUACGUGGUUAUCCUACGCUUCUGCUUUUCCGAGGUGGAAAGAAAGUCAGUGAACACAACGGAACGAGAGACCUUGAAUCACUGCAUAGCUUUGUCUUGCGGCAGGCAAGGGAUGAGUUGUAAUAAAAGUCUGGAUGCUCCCUCCCUGGCUGUCUUUGUACCGUAGCUGAGGGAUUUCAAUCAUUGCUAAUUUUCAAACAGUGUAUUUGGGGGUGGGGGUGGGGAUUGGGGCUUUUUUUGUUUGUUUGUUUUUAGGAAAUUGAAUGUACUUAACAUUGGUAUCUUCCCUCUGUGUGUGUGUGUGUGUGUUAAAGACACGCUACGCUGUGCGUGAAGGAAAGCUAACAAGUAGUUACUGUGCAAACUGAGAAUAUUUUCAGCAUUGGUAGUAUUACUGCAUUUCUGCGUUCCCGCAAUGAAGUGUAAAUGGUUUCCUUUGAGACUAAAAUACAUUAAGAAAACCAACUUAAGGGCACCAGUAGAAUAUUUUUGUCUUCAAGUUAGUUAGAUUUGGUUAAAAAGUAAUCCUUACAAACUGCCCACCAUUACUAGAAAGGUAAAAGCUACAGCUGCGUUGAGUCGCUUUUGCCUCUACGACUGUACUUAAACUCUACUUGUCUUAAUAUAGCUGCUGGUUAAGAAAUGGAAAGUCAUGGGAGGCUGAAAACACACACACCUUCGGAAGAUACCAGGCCACCGUGAGCUGGUUGUUUCCUGUUAAUCCUCUCAGCAUGGGAGGUCUGGCCAUAAUGGAAGCGAUGGUACUGUAACACGUGCCUGAACGUUACUGAUGCCGUACUGUACAUGUGUCAGGUGGAUUGUUGUAGGCUGCUUCUGUCCAGCUCCAGGGGAGUAACUAUGCUCUACUUAUAUAGAGCCACGGUGAACAGGCGCCAUUAUAACUGCUCCGUUAAUAUUACACGAUC